ACGGCACAGAUUUAAACAUGGCUGCCUCCAACAAGGUGUCAAGAGGGAGCGGCCAUCAGGCCUUCUGUUAAAGUUCAGAAACCCAGAAUCCUGUUCGUUUGGAAGGUUGCCAGGUGGAGGCCGACAGCCUCAGAGUCGCGACUGAGUCUGCGCACUGGCCACUCGGGAUGGGAAGAGAUUAUACUGCGGUGAGGCGGCGUGGUACGAAGAUCAAUUUCGGGUUAUGGGCGCGGAUCCAGGAAAAAUGGGAAAGGUCCUUUCUGGCAACAGUAAUGAUGUAUCCGUCUGUGACAGCAUCCCAAGAAUGAGUCUGGUUUCUGGAAAUCUAUUCUGACUCCAUGGCAGCUAGGAUGGAUGUGUCUUUGCCUGUGGUUAAAAAACAAAGAAUUUACUGAGAUUCAAAUCUUUUUCCAAGAACAGAAAAUGAUUGAGUACCAGCAGAGACCUGUGUCAUUCAAAGACGUGGUAGUGGGCUUCACUCAAGAGGAGUGGUACAGGCUGAAUCCUGCUCAGAGGGCACUGUACCGGGAUGUGAUGCUGGAGACCUAUAGCAACCUUGUUUCAGUGGGUUAUGAAGGCACUAAACCAUAUGUGAUCCUCAAGCUGGAGCAGGAAGAAGCACCGUGGAUUUGUGAGGCAGCAUGCUCGGGCUGCCACUGUCAGGAAAACAUUUGUCAAGUUAAUGUCCAGAGGAAAAGACAGCAAGACAUGAUUUUGAAACAAGGGGCAUUCAUCAGCAAAAAAACAUUGCCCAAGGAAAGGAGCCAUGAAGACAAUAAGUUUGGGAAAAUAUCACCUCUGAGCAUUAAUCUUUUUCCUUCAGUUCAAGACCCCAAUAACUGGGACCCCUAUGGAAAAAGCGUGAACCAUAAUUUAGACUUGAUUGGUUUUAAGAGAAACUAUUCAAAAAAAGAUGAGUGCUGUGGAUGUGGGAAAUUGUUACAGCAUACAAACCAUGAUAGAAAACCUAAUGGAGAAAAACUCUGGGAAUGCAGUCACUGUGAGAGAGCUUUUAGCCACAACCCAGCACUUAUGUAUAAACCAACAGUAACCAAUUCUCUUGUGUACAAACGUAAGAGGGUUCCACCUACAGAGAAACCCCAUGUCUGUAGUGAGUGUGGGAAAGCCUUCUGCUACAAGUCUGAAUUCAUUAGGCAUCAGAGAAGUCACACUGGGGAGAAGCCAUAUGGAUGCACUGACUGUGGGAAAGCCUUUUCACAUAAGUCAACCCUUAUUAAACAUCAGCGAAUUCACACUGGGGUAAGACCCUUUGAAUGUUUUUUUUGUGGGAAAGCCUUCACUCAGAAGUCACACCGCAGAGAACAUCAAAGAACACAUACUGGAGAAAGACCCUUUGUGUGCAGUGAAUGUGGGAAGUCAUUUGGUGAGAAGUCAUACCUCAAUGUACAUCGAAAAAUACACACAGGAGAAAGACCAUAUCGUUGUAGAGAAUGUGGAAAAUCCUUCAGCCAAAAAUCAUGCCUCAAUAAACAUUGGAGAACUCAUACAGGAGAAAAACCCUAUGGAUGCAGUGAAUGUGGCAAAGCUUUCUAUCAGAAGCCAAACCUCAGUAGACACCAGAAAAUUCAUGCCAGAAAGAAUGCCUAUAGGAAUUAAAACAUGAUAAUUGUGGGAAGCCUUAAGCAAGGUAUCCUAUUUCAUUGUAUGUGGAAGCAUUCAUUUUCAGGAGAAAUCUCAUUGAUUUAAUGAAUUUGGACAAAAUGUUUUACCAUAAGGGGAGUCAUGUUCUAAUUGUGAUAGAAAACUUUAUACAAAGAUUGUAGAAAACACUUUAUAAAACAUAAACAUGGUCACUCUGGCUUAUGAAAGUUUAAAAAUAUGUUAAUGGAAUAACAAUACAAAAUAUAUGUGAAAAGAAUUGGUAUAUUAUGGCAUAUUCCACAGUGAGCCACAUAAUAAGCAUUAUUUAUAUUUUGGAAAUGUAAAUGUGGAUUUAAUGUGAUUUGUGAAUAUCAAGCACAUUUGUCACAUAGUAUGUAGAAUGCCAUUCACCAAACUUUUUCACUCCAAAUAUCACCAUUGUCUUUUAAUGUCUUAACAAUAUAAAAAAUAAGAACAUUUGUUAAUGUUGAAAAGGCAAGGCUAAGGAAUAGUUUCACAACCUAAUAUUGGAUGAACAAAAUACUAUAAACUUGAUAGCACAGCCAUUAUUUGACAAAUAGUAGUGUGGCCCUGGCAUAUUGUGCACUACUUCUAUUUUAUUAGUCUUAGCUUAACAUGCCUUUGCAGCAAAUUAGGAAAGACAGUGUUUAUAUGAGUCUUAUAAUUCAGAAAUGUUUCUUGCAGAGACCAAAGAUAGAAUUUUUCUGUUUUUUUUUCUUUUUGCAAAUUAAUUCAGCAAUGUCCACUUUUCUUCCCUAUCAAUUUCCCUGUGAAUAUCCUGGGCAUGAAAACCCAAAUUGUUUCAUCAUUCCAAUCUUGAAAAAAAAAUCUACUUCCUUGAGCUGCCACAUCUUCCAAAUAAAACAAAUGCCCACACUGUUCAAGAUAUGCCUCCUGUAAGAAUGCCUGGUCCAGAAUGAGAAAGGAAACAAUCACAUGAGCACCGGAUGUUGUAUGUAAGUGAUGAAUCACUAAAUUCUACACCUGAAACUAAUAUUACACUGUAUGUUAAUUAACUGGAAUUUAAAUAAAAAUCUGGGAAAAAAAUAAUCACAGAUAAAGAUAUGAUUAAGAGAGUGAUAAAAGAUAUUUCAUACAAAUCUAGAUCAACCUGUUUUUAAAAGAGGAAUUAAAUGCUUUUCUUGCAAAAUAUAAGUUAGGAAAAUUGCAAGAAGUAGAAACUUGAUAGAACAAUUACCAUUGAAGAGUUUGGAAAAGUGAUUAAAGAUCUAGGAUUGAAAAAUGCUCCAGGGCCCAGAUGAUUUCAUUGUUUCUUCUUGAUACCAGUGUUAUUUGAAGUAUUUCAGCCCAUAGAUUAUGUUCUCCAGUUUAUUUUAUGAAGUCAGAAUAAGUUUUAACACCAAAACCGAAUAAAGGUAAUUGGAAAAAAGAAAACUCCAGGCCAGUCUUACUCAUGAAUUUAGAAACAAAAAUUAUAAUUAAAAUAAUAACAAGCAGAAUUCAGCAAUAUACCUAAAGAAUGACAUAAUGACCAAGGAAGAAUUAUUCCAAGAAUGCGGAGCCAAUGCAGUAAUAGGAAAUAAAUCAAUAAAAUUAACAGUUUAAAAGAGAAGAUGCCAUCCAUCAAUGCUGACAAGAUAUUUAAUAGAAUUUGCAAACAUUUCCAAUCUAAUAAAAUAUAAAUUAAUUUGUAAUACUUAGUAACCACUUAGGAGUUACUUUACCAAAAUCCUAUAGCAUAUUUUACACUAAAACCAUUUUUUGAAAAUUAAGAAUUUAAUAGUAUUAGAGAUAAGGGUGUUCACUGCUGUCUAUUUUUACUGAACAUUGUGUUGGAGUUUCCAAUGAAGGCAGUAAAAAAAUUAAAUUAAUUGGUAUAAACAAUUUAAAAAGAGGGAAACUUUUUGAUGAUAUUAUAUAUCAAUACUAUUAUAAAUAGUAAUUGUUUUGGGUUGAAAGGUAAUUUUCUAAAAAGACAGUAUAGAAAUUAAGUUUUCUCUGUAAACAUCUAAUAACUUACAUGUACUUCUUUUGGAAUUACACUAAAUGUCAGUGAUUUUUUCUUUUAACUUAUGUGAAAUGAUCUUAAAAUCCAUAUGGAAGAACAAAUGUCUAACAAUCUAGACAAGAAAAGUAUGAAAAAGAAUUUCAUACCAGAUGUCAGAAUAUAACAUGAAGUCACUUUAAUCAAAUUAAUAAAGUAUUGGCAAAGGAUAAAUACAUCAAUGGAUCAGAAUAGAAAAUCUUGAAAUAGACCUAAGUGUAUAUGAGCUUUCUCAUAUAUGGCAAAGGUGGAAUUUCAGGCUAUAGGGGAAAGGAAUAGUUUAUUUAAAAAGAAUUCUGGUACAAUUGGCUUUUACUCAGGAAGAAAGUGAAAUUUGACUAAUACCCCAAAGCAUAUGAAAAAAAAAUCCAGGUGAAUUUAAGAUUUAAAUUGUUUAAUAAUAAAAUUCUUGAAGGAAAAAUGAAAGGAGACUACAGGUACAAUCUAGGAGUUGGGAAGAUUAACUUUACCAACAAAAGAUACUUGAAGGCUAUUAAAAAAUAUUUGACUACAUAAAAGUAUAAUCUUUUGUAUGGCAAAAGGUGCCAUCAACAAAGUCAGUACACGAUAUUUUUGAGGGAAAUAUUUGCAAAGCCAAUCAGAGAAGAGGUGCUUUUCAAAUUGACAGGAAAAAGAUAACUCAGUGGCAAAACAUGGGAAAGUAUUGUGAAUAGACAGUUGUAAAAACAGCAAACCCAACUGGCUGGCUAUCAAAAAAUGUUUAGCUUCAGUGGUUGUUGGGGAAUACAGAUUAAACUCAUAAUGAGAUGGGGUGUCAUAAUGAGUGGGGUUGAGCAUUCAACUUCGGCUCAGGUCAUGAUCUUGAGGUUCAUGAGUUUGAGCCCUGCGCUGGGCUCUCUGUUGGCAGCUCGGAACCUGGAGACUGCUUUGGAUUCUGGGUCUCCCUCUCUCUGCCCCUUCUCCACUAGCACUCUCUCUCUUUCAAAAAUAAAUAAACAUUAAAAAAGAUUUAAAGUCCUAAUGAGAUAACUGUGUGCAAUCAAACUGACAAAAAAUAGCAGGACUGCUUUUUUGCUGUCCCAACAAAGGUUCUUAUACACCACUGGUGGAAACAUAAUCAUUACAGCACUUUCAAAAAAACAGUGUGGUAACAUCUAUUAUAAUUUAAAGUACUUAGGCCACUUUGAGGAAUCUCUUAGAAGUAAAACCCCAAUACAUGAAGACAGAUGAAUAUGGAUAUUUAUUAUAAAAUUAUUCCUAGUGGCAAGAAGACACUAGAAUCCAAAUAAAUGCCCAUCAAUAGGGAAAUUGGAAAAGGGAAGGAAUUAUAUCCAUUCCAUAACAUGUUUAUAUAGCCACUAAGGUGAACAAAUUAAACCAUGCUAGUGGACUUGAAUUCCAUAAUGUUUUCUUGAGUGAAAAAAGCAAGGGAGUGAAAAAAGCAUA